CGCGCUUGUGGGGACCUCUGCAAUCCUGAAUUGCGAGUUUACGAUCAGGAUCGAUUGCGACCGAAUUUCGCUUCCUAUUUCGGGAAAUGCUUCAAGCGAUUCGGCCUUCCUUCUUGUUUUGUUGGGGUCCUCUGGCCGGAUCAUACCGCUGACUCGAGCCGUGUGACCCAAUCCCAGUCCCCAGUACGCUCGCCCAUUCCCAGGCCGGCCAGCACAAGCGACCCUUAGGCAAACAAAUAAAAAGGAAAGGCAAGGGCAUGUGACACCAGAAGAAGGUCUAACGCGCGGCGGGCCGUGCCCGAACCUGGUCGAUGAUCUCCGUCGAGACCUCACUGGACGCGUUGCCACUUUCUCAGAGUGUGGUGUACACAUGUGUUGUGUUGGAAGGCCCUGCCGGGGGCCUCGUUCCAAAACCACCGCCGGGCCGGUGGACAGGCAUGGCCUCACUAUAAUUUCCCGACAUGCCCAAUCAAACGGUCGCCACCACUGUGAACUAUUGGGACUGGAGCCUGAGGCGGAGGGGGCAGCUCAGGCGUUCACAGCUCACGGUGGCGACAUGUUUGGCAAGUGAGGCAGCAUAUGGCCCCCGGUGCAACAGGAACUCUUGCUCGCCAGCCAAUUGCUCCAGACCACAUCCAUGCGUCUGAUACAGAGUCUGGCGGUACACAGACUGCUUGGGGAUGGUCAUGGUCUUGUGUAACACAAUUGUGGCCGAGACGAAAGGGACUAUCAAGAUUGGCUGAUACUCCGCCUCGUGCGUGACAGUCAUUCCAUGCUGCAUAGCAUCUGUGUUCCAGGAAGAACAGGAUCCUUUCCCGAGCGGACCCCCACUGGCAUGGCAUAGUCUUGCCUGGGCAUGGUAGAGACCGAGGCAGGGCAGGGCAGGCAAGGCAUACACACAUUGACACGCAGCAUCGAAAAGAACACGAUGCGAUCCGGCAACACAAGGAUUCAAGGUUAUGGGAUCGGCAUGGCUCACCCAAUGGCCCCACGCCCGUUGUCCCCCGUCCCCGGACUGUGGCUUGAACGGCCCUCGUCGAGGUGGCAGGAAGGGUUGGUGUGGUGUGGGUGAGACCCAGGGCCGGGUAGGAAGAAGAGGGUGGAGGGAGGGCUGAGGCAGGCAAGCAAUCAAGCCAGCAUGCAGUGCAGUGCCAGGUACUUGUUCCGCUGUGGGUGGUGUACAUGGGCCGGCCGCCCGGAUGGGGGCCCGCAUUGUACCUGGGCCUCACAGCCGAUGUACCUCCACCUGGCUUCACCUCUCUCCUCAGCAUGGUCACGCCUGCCCGUUCUUGGCAACGCCGGCAGGCAGACGAAUAAGGUGAACAAUAUCACAUUCCUCCUCCUAUUUUCUCUUGACCCUUCUGGGUAUGGGGUUGGGGGCCGGCUGGCAGAGGCAUCGAGCUGGACUGGACUGGACAUGCUGGCCGGCCGGCCGCCAGUCAGUCAGGCGGGCAGGCAGACAGACAAACAGGACAGUUUCCUGCUCUACUCUGCUCUGCUCUGCUCUGCACAUCUGAUCCCACGGCAUCCCUCUCGCUAUCUCUCACUUGUUGAUGCCUUGAUCCUUCUUCCCUCACAGCCCGGUGCGAUGUAUCCCGAGGCGAAGCUGAUGCUUAGGUUGCCGGACAGGUGAUGGCUGGGUAAUAUGAGCUGUCUUUUCUGUCAUUCUGUCCUCUCCUGCUGCGGAGCCUCGGGAUGGGGGACGGAUCGGGGUAGGUGGGCGUGGAUGCAUGUGAUACCUGCUGGUAGGUGUUGGGCUGAGCUGGAUUGCCUGGGCUAUUCGCUACCCGACGCGGUCGGGUGGUGGUGGUAGUGUGGCCUGUUCACACGACCGUCCCUGUGGAUGGAUGGGCGUACCGGACGGGCGGUGUUCGCCACCCCUUUUCGCCGUCGUUGAUGGGGUGGGAAGGUGGACUUGCCUUGGGUCUGUCUGUCUGGCGGGCGGGCGGUGCGCCGGCCUUGCAUUGGUGGUCUGUCCAAUAUCUAUCUGUCUAUGCUGAUGAGAUGGUUCCCCCGCCUGGCCUGGGUGGCGUAUCUCAUAGCUGUGGGAAGGGGACACAGGGUGGGCGCGUGCGUGGAACGGCAUGAUGCCUUGCCUGUGCGUGGACGGCCAACCGCCAGGCCGCGAGAUCCACGGAUGAG